UUUUAAUUUUACACAUUGACUGCUUUCUUUAUCAAUGGAAGAUCAUCAAUGGCAAGACCCGCUUCUCCUCACUGACGUUUCUUGGCAGGAACAGAAUUCGCACUACGUUUCUUGGCAAGAGCGGAGCUUUGACACUGUAGAAAUGGCUGAUCCUAAUGAUUCUCAUCCUAACACUAUUGAUGGUCGCUCCUUGUUGGGUUUUUCACUUACAACCCCGGAUUUGGUCAUAUGUGCUAGUUCACCUGAUAUCACUUGCAUUGGAUACGAAGACACCCCAGAAUAUCUAAAGAACAGAAACCAAAGAAACGGGUUAGCAUCCACAGAGAUAUCUCUAGGGGAAGGCAUCACAGGUUUAGAAGCUGAAAAGAACCCUGAAUCCCCAACAAAGAAGAUUUCAGCUUUGUUCCCAGAGGUGCAGACUUCUAAUGGGGUCAUGAUUCCUGAGGCUUCCAUCGAGCUGCUGAUGAAGUCAACCACCCACGACAUGUGUCCAAGGAAUUCCCUUCCUGUGCUAAGCAUAAAUGCAGGAGAUAUUGCUGUAACUUCUGAGGGGGUUGAUUUCCUAGAGGACAUGCUUUUCACUGGUGGAAAUGUUUUCAGAACAGAUGCAAUAAUUGAAGAUGACAACGAAUGUCUAGCCCUGUACCAAAGUGCUCGAGUUGGCAAUUUCUCUUAUAAUGUUCAGAAUUUUGAGCCGGGAACUUACUUUGUUGAUUUGCAUCUAGCGGAGAUUAUAUUCACAGAUGGCCCUCUAGGGAUGAGGGUCUUCAAUGUCUUUAUACAGGAGGAGAAGGUAGUUUCUGGAAUAGACAUUUAUGCUGAAGUGGGUUCAAAUAAAGCUCUGGUUUUACGUGAUUUAAAGGCUUUUGUCCACAGUAAAGAGGGCUUAUCCAUCAGAUUUGAAGGAGUAACAGGAACUCCCAUCGUGUGCGGAAUUUCAAUAAGGAAAGAUUGUUUGGCAGCUUGUUUUUUAGGCUCAGGGAGUGCGAAAAUUGUCGAAGACAAAGAAUCAUCUCAAACAGGAGAUCAUAAAGAACUUGAAGGCUGCUAUGACUUUAACUCUAAUAUAUAUGGAGAGGUUUGGGAGCUACGAAGAAAAUUUGAGUUGCAGUAUAAAGAAUUAACAGAAACCAAAAAAGCCUUGGAAGAUAAUAAAAGGGAGAAUGAACUGAAAAGCAAAGAAUGCCAAGAAGCUUGGACGUCUCUUUCUGAGCUCCAGAAUGAGCUCAUGCGCAAGUCCAUGCAUGUCGGGUCAUUAGCUUUUGCCAUUGAGGGACAAGUGAAGGAGAAAAGUCGAUUGUUCUCAUCCCUUAGAGACUUGACCAGAAGAUUCAAGAUACUGAAAAUGGAGUAUAUCAAGCUAUCAGAAGAAGCAUCAGAAUAUAAGAAGUGCCUUGCAGAUAUGGCCCAGAUGACCCAUACCAUUCAGUCCACAAUGAAUCAGUAUGUAGACAUGGAAAAAGAGUCCAAGGACAUCAAGCUUAAAUUCAUUGAAGGUGCAAAGGAACGGAAAGAGCUUUAUAACAAAGUCCUGGAGCUGAAAGGGAACAUAAGAGUUUUUUGCAGAUGUAGGCCUCUGAACAAUGUAGAAAUUGCUGGAGGAGCUGCAAUGGCAAUUGAUUUAGACUCUGCCAAAGAUGGAGAGCUUACAGUCAAAGGGAAUGGAGCAUCCAAGAAGUUUUUCAAGUUUGACUCUGUCUUUACACCACAAGCAAACCAGGCUGACGUGUUUGAGGGCACAGCCCCCUUGGCAACAUCAGUUUUAGAUGGAUACAAUGUCUGUAUAUUUGCAUAUGGACAGACAGGAAGUGGUAAGACAUUCACAAUGGAGGGGACAGAAGAAGCACGGGGAGUCAACUACAGGACCCUUGAGGAGCUAUUUCACAUAAUCAAGGAUCGAAAGGGACUUUUCCAUUAUGAAAUUUCUGUGUCUGUCUUAGAAGUCUAUAAUGAGCAGAUUCGAGAUUUGUUGGUGCCAGGGUCUCAGUCAGGUGUCACACCAAAGAAGCUUGAGAUAAGGCAAGUUGCAGAAGGAAUUCAUCAUGUUCCAGGACUUGUUGAAGCCCAUGUAAACAACAUGAAUGAGGUCUGGGAAGUUCUACAGAUGGGAAGCAGCGCUAGAGCUGUUGGAUCAACUAAUGUGAAUGAACACAGUAGCCGAUCCCACUGUAUUCAUUGUGUGAUGGUGAAGGGAGAAAACCUGAUAAACGGUGAAUGCACAAGAAGCAAAUUAUGGCUUGUUGACCUAGCUGGAAGUGAGAGAAUAGCCAAGACAGAUGUUCAAGGAGAGCGCCUAAAGGAAACACAAAACAUUAACAGAUCUCUGUCUGCACUUGGUGAUGUUAUAUUUGCUCUUGCAACCAAAAGCCCUCAUAUUCCAUUCAGGAAUUCCAAGCUCACGCACUUGCUUCAAGAUUCUCUAGGUGGAGAUUCAAAGGCAUUGAUGUUUGUACAGAUCAGUCCAAAUGAGAAUGACCUGAGUGAGACUUUAUGCUCACUGAACUUUGCAAGCAGAGUAAGAGGAAUAGAGCUUGGUCCAGCCAAGAAGCAAUUAGACAGCAUUGAGCUUGUGAAAUACAAACAGAUGGUUGAGAAGGCCAAGCAUGAUAUAAAGAGCAAAGAAGUCUUAAUGAAGAAAAUGGAGGAGACAAUUCAGAGUCUAGACUUGAAGGUGAAGGGAAGAGAUCUCAAUAAUAAAAACCUACAAGACAAGGUGAAAGAGUUGGAAUCACAACUUCUUAUAGAAAGAAAACUAGCAAGACAACAAGUGGACACAAAAAUAGCAGAGCAGCAGCAGUUGCAACAGCUAGAAGAGCAACAACCUGCAGUUAUGAAGCCUCUACUGGCAACACCAGUGUUUGAAAACCAGAAGAUUGCCAAUGAACCAGUUAGUUCACUGAGUAAAGAUGUCAUGAAUCUCCCCAGACCACUCUCAGUUAACAAUAUCUCCAAACUUGUAACUGCUCCUCCUCCAACUGAAACCAUUCUCAGGUACAGCAAUCCCACUGAGAAAGAAAACAGACCCAAGAUGUCUGAACAACCACCACUACCACCACCCCAAAGGACUGGUAGAGCUUCCAUCUGUACUAUUAUACGCAGGAUUCCAAUGGUACCAGCUCCUAGACGUAAUUCUCUAAUCCCAUUACAUUCCACACCAAGCAUGACCACAUUGCCAUCACCAAUGGUACCAGCUCCUUUGCCACUUGCCCAAGCUGACCCCAUCAAAGAAGAUCCAGAAGAAAGUGAAGGUAGCUUGCCAGACCAAACACUACAAACUCUGGAGGGACAGAAAAGUGGGGUUACUAAGAAGGUGAACAGCAUAUUGAGAAGAAGCCUUCAAAAGAAGAUUUACAUUAAAUCACCAUUGCAGCAGCGAAGGAUGGGAGUAAAUAGAGGGAUAGAGAAAGUGCGUGUAUCGAUUGGAGGUACAAGGAGGUUAGCACAGAGAGUACUGAUCAGCAAUGCCACCAUGGCAGGUAAAGAAGUACAGCAAAGGCAGAACCAACGGGAAAAGGAGAGGGGUUGGGUUGUUGGCAGUGUUGGAACGAGGUGAAGGGGGUGGGCAGAGGGGCAUGUUCCCCCUGCAAUCUAUUUUCAAAUUUGGGUACAAGUGGCCUGAUUUUCCUAAAUCAUCCUCUACUUAGUUUUCUACACUGCCACAUUGUUGAUGUAAAUUCUAUAUUGUAAUUAGUUCUUUUCAUUUCCUCCCCCCUCCCAUACAAAGGGUGAAUUCCUCCCCGAUUUUAUAGAGUGAUUCAUCUUUUGCUUUCCAAUUUUACCUUAAACAUCUUAACACUUUUAAGAGGACACACACACAGAGUAACAGUGUCAGUUG